AUUAGUUAUUGGCUACUAAACCUUUUAUUGAAACGCAGCUUUGAAGGAAGAUGUUAAACAGUUCCAUGGUCCUGUCAUGAAACAUGAACUAAAAUGUCUUUCAGCCAAGAUCAAGCAGCCAUUACCAAGCUUAUGGCCUUCCUGCAAGAGUGGGAUCAGAGUGGCAAGUCAGUCCGAAGUCGUAUUUUGAAUGAUUUCAUAAAAUAUAACAAGGGUAAGACUAGCCCUGAGCUAGAACUUGAGUUUUCCCAGGGCGGCAGCUUAUUUCUAACUAGGCUUACAGCCUGGAUGAGACUAACCUAUAUGAUUGGUACAUGUUUAGGGUUACAGUUACAAGCAAUUGGUGUAUUUCUUUCUGCAGCAAGCAACCAUCGUUACCUAAUUGAGUUUUUGGAGAUUGGUGGCGUUUUAACACUCCUAGAGAUUCUGGGACAGGCACAGUCAAAAGAAGAGGAUAAAACAGAAGCCAUAAAACUUCUUCAAAGCAUUGCUAGUGCUGGAAGGAAGUACAAGGAAAUCAUCUGCGAAAGCUAUGGUGUACGAGCUGUUGCUGAAUGCCUGGCCAAGUCAAAAUCAGAACAUACUCAAGAACAAGCAUGUGCACUGCUAGAAUCUUUAGCUCAUGGAAAUCCUCAGUACCAAAUGCAAGUCUACAAGGGACUGAUUGCUCUUCUUCCUUGCAACUCCCCCAAAGCUCAGCAGCUGGCGCUGCAAACCAUUCGAGUUCUACAGGCAAUUGUGAAAACUGCUCAUUCCAGUAUUGUAGAUCCUCUUCUGAAUGUCCUGAGAUCCUUCCAUCUUGAGGUGCAAUAUGAAGCAAUUGAGAUGAUACAAGAACUCAUGAAUUAUGAAGUUAGGCCAGCUCUGCUGAAGGGCCUGGUUGCACUACUCAAGCCAUCCAAGGAGGGGCUUCAGAGACCCAAAAUACAGAAUGUUCCAGACAUGCAGAAAAUGUCCCCGUCUCUGCCAGUUUUCGUUCAACAAGCUGCUGCUGCAAAAACCAUUGGAAUUCUGGCUAAGCAAUCCCCUGAAUUGUCCAAAGAGCUGCUACACCUUAGAGUUGUUCAUCAUCUUGUGUACGCUAUGGGGAACCAAGAGAACUCUGAAAGCCAGCGGCAAGCUUCUUUGACUCUGGAGUACUUUGUACGUAUGUUUUCUGUGGUAGAGGAACAUGUUCAGAAGGCAAUGGAAGACAACCUUUUUCACCUGUUUUUAGAAAAUUCUGAACUAUUAUAUAUGAAGAUGGACUCAGUUCAAGCAGCAAUAUUGUCAACAAACAACAUCAACAUUCCUGGAGUUCCAGAAAUCAAGGAGUGAUUCUUCAGUCAAACAGAGAUAUUCAACGUGUACAUAACAUAAAUUUCUGUAAACUGCUGUAUUUUAAAUAUAUUCCAUUCUCCAAUAAACAAAUGA